UUUUUAGAAUUAUAAUUAAAAAAUGUUUCAUUUUCUAGUUUAAAUAUAUUCCCUAGAAUCAGAUAAAUAUCUUGUCCACGUAUCUGUUAGAAUAUAUAGGUUAGAAUUAUGUAGAUCGUUUUCAAAGAAAUCAAUGCAGAGAGCCAAACGUGUUAUUAAACAUAUGAAUAUUGUAUAUUUACAAUGAAUUUAUAAAUAAUUUUAAAGUAUAAUUAGGGAAAGAAAAUGUUAAUUCUAAAAUACUUAAUAUUUAUAACAAGUGGUACAUUACUAUUUUUAUUCAGAAGUUAUAUUAACUUAGCCUAUUUUUGGGAUGUGUUUGGACAGUUGUUUUCAUUUAACGCCUUUAAAUCGAAUUAUGAUUAUAUAGUUGUUGGAGCUGGAACUUCUGGUGCAGUUAUUGCUGCAAGAUUAGCAGAGAAUGGACAAAGUGUAUUAUUAGUAGAAGCUGGUGGUACGGCACCACCAUUUUUAGAUAUACCGUUAUUGUCACCAUUAUUACAAAAUAGUAUAUAUGAUUGGCAAUAUAUUACUGUACCUCAGCAUAAUGCUUGCAAAGCUUUGAAAAACAAUCAAUGUAAAUGGCCAAUGGGAAAGAUUCUUGGUGGAACGAGCAGAUUAAAUUAUAUGACAUAUGUACGUGGACAUCCUCAAGAUUAUGCCAAGUGGUUUCCUGAUUUUAAUGAUUAUAUAAUUGGAAAAAAUGAUUCAGUGAAAAUACAAGAAUCAAGAUGGCAUACUGAUCUUGUUAAUACAAUAUUAAAGAGUAUAGUGGAAAUCGAUGGUAAAAUUAAUAACAUAAAUGAAGCUUUAGAUACAGGUUUCAUGAAGGUUCAAUUGUUUGCUGAUAAUGGAAAAAGAUGGAGUACAGAUGACAUGUUAUAUGGAAAAUAUCAACAUACUUUGGACAUUAUUACUCAUACACGAGUUGAUAAAAUUUUAAUAAAUUCAAAAAAAGCAACAGGAAUACAAUUUACAAAAUUUGGUAAAACUUUCAAUAUCACAGCAAACAAUGGUGUCAUCGUUAGUGCUGGUGUGAUUGGUAGUCCAAAAUUACUGAUGCUAUCUGGAAUAGGCCCGGAAAAACAUUUAAAGGAUAUGAAUAUCAAAGUGAUCAAUGACUUGCCAGUAGGUCAAAAUUUAAUGGAUCAUGUUCUUACUGGUAUUGAUUUAGUAAGACUCAAGACGAAUUUAUCUUUCAGUAUGACUAACGCUCUUAAUCCUAUGGCACUAUUAAAUUAUUUCUUUUUUGGCAAAGGACCAUGGACAUCCUCAGGUAUUGAAGUUUUAGGAACGUUUCAUAGUACUUUACAAAAGAAUAAAUCCUCAAAACCAGAUUUACAAUUAAUGAUAUUACCUCUUGGUAUAUCUACAGACUAUGGCAUAGUUCUCAAAAAAGCAAUGGGAAUUUCUGACGAGGUGUAUGAUAAAUAUUUCUCACCUUUAGAGAAUGAUAAUGUUAUAACAAUUGCACCUGUUUUGUUACAUCCAAAAAGUUUAGGAGAAGUAAAACUUCGUAGUAACGAUCCUUCCGAUGAACUUUUAAUUGAUCCAAAAUAUCUGUCUAAUAAAUAUGACAUUGAUACGCUUAUAGAUGGUAUACAAUAUUUGAAGAAACUCAUUAACACAAGUGCCAUGAAACAGCUAGGUGCAUCUCUUUACAAAAAAUCUUUUCCAGGCUGUGAGGCUAAUGAAUUUGAUUCCUUAGAAUAUUGGGAAUGCUAUAUACGGUAUUUAUCAUUAACUGCUUAUCAUCCUGCAGGUACAUGUCGUAUGGGAGAUGUUGUUGAUACAUCGUUCAGGGUAUAUAAUAUAAGAAAUUUAUAUGUUGUGGAUGCAUCAGUACUGCCAUCUCUACCUAGCGGCAAUAUAAAUGCUGCUCUCAUAAUGAUGGCAAAAAAGGCCGUUGAUAUUUUGAAACAGAUAAAAAAUAAACAAUUGCACAAUUUCGGACAUAAUAAUAAUAAUACAUCUCUGCUAUGUUAUACAUUUAAUAUUUGCAAUAGAUUUUGUUAUCCAUAAUAA